CGGCACCUGACGCGCGGGGCUCCCGCCCGCCCCCGGCCCGUCCGGCCCCUCCCGCCGCUCCCGGUCCGAGCGCGGAGCCGCGGAGCCGCCGGGCGCUGCCGGCCGUGCCCAGCGCAGCCCCCGGAGCAUGCGAGGGCGGCGGGGGGGCUCUGACGGCGCUGCCCCCCCGGGGCUGAGCCGCGGGGACAGCGGGGACAGCGGGGACGGGGGGCAGCGCGGGCGGACGGCGUGAAGCGGGCGGAGGGCAGCGCGUCCUGCGCUCCCUCCCUCUCUCUCUCUCUCUCUCUCUCUCCAUCCCUCUCUCCCCCUCCAUCCCUCCACCCCGGCCGGGGGAGCGAGGUGCGGAGCGCGUCUUGGCGGGGGCUGCCAGCCGGGGAUCAUGCUGGGGGAGCUGCGCCUCGGCACCGCUUUCUCCUCGCCCUCCAUGGAGCCCGGACUUUUUCUACAAUGACUUUCCCCGAGCUGAGCAAUGGCAGCUUGAGUGGGAACCGGACGGGACAAGGCGGCCAGAGCGCUGCCAACCGGUCCUGGGGGCUGCAAGGGGAGGAGACCCCCGAGGGCAACGGCACCACGCUGACUUUCGCCUUGGACGUGCAGGCGGUGGGAGUGGGGGUGUUCCUGGCCGUCUUCAUCCUCUCGGCCAUCGUGGGGAACAUCCUGGUGAUCCUCUCGGUGGCUUGCAACCGGCACCUGCAGACGGUCACCAACUACUUCAUCGUCAACCUGGCCAUCGCCGACCUGCUGCUCAGCACCACCGUGCUGCCCUUCUCGGCCACCCUGGAGGUUUUGGGCUUCUGGGUGUUCGGGCGCAUCUUCUGCAACAUCUGGGCAGCAGUGGACGUGCUCUGCUGCUCUGCCUCCAUCAUGAGCCUGUGCAUCAUCUCCGUGGACAGGUACAUCGGCGUCAAGUACUCCCUCAAGUACCCCACCAUCAUGACCGAGAGGAAGGCGGGGGUGAUCCUGGUGGUGGUCUGGCUCUCCUCCAUGGUCAUCUCCAUCGGGCCGCUGCUGGGCUGGAAGGAGCCGCCGCCGCCGGACGAGAGCAUCUGCAGCAUCACAGAGGAGCCGGGCUAUGCCCUGUUCUCCUCCCUCUUCUCCUUCUACCUGCCCCUCAUGGUCAUCCUGGUGAUGUACUUCAGGAUUUACGUGGUGGCCAGGCGGACCACCCGGAGCCUGGAGGCAGGGGUCAAGAAGGAGAGGAACAAGUCCAUGGAGGUGGUGCUGCGCAUCCACUGCCGCAGCGUGCUGGAGGAGCCUCUCUCCAGCACCCGGAGCAAGGGGCACAACUUCAGGAGCUCCCUCUCCGUGCGCCUCCUCAAGUUCUCCCGGGAGAAAAAAGCAGCCAAGACUCUCGCCAUCGUCGUGGGUGUUUUCAUCCUCUGCUGGUUCCCCUUCUUCUUCAUCCUGCCUUUUGGUUCUUUCUUCCCGUCCCUGAAGCCCUCAGAAAUCGUCUUCAAGAUCAUCUUCUGGCUGGGGUACUUCAACAGCUGCGUGAACCCCAUCAUCUACCCGUGCUCCAGCAAGGAGUUCAAGCGCGCGUUCAUCCGGCUGCUCAAGUGCCAGUGCCGCCGGCGGCGCCGGCCCAUCUGGAGGGUCUACGACCACCACUGGAGAGGGGCCUCCAUCAACAGCUCGGUGCAGGACUCAGAGACAGACCUACGGCCCAGGAUUAACACCCUGAACAGCUCCUUCAUAUUUAACUCCUCCUUCCAGGAGAGAGGCAGUAAGAGGCGAACGCUCAGCCUCAAGGGCUGGAAGAUGCUGACGCCUUUCCAGAAGCCAGCGUCCACCCAGCUGAAGGAGAAGAUGAACAGCCUUUCUAACAAAAUCCGGGGUGGCUCCAGCAAAGGGGGGGCCACAGCCACCUACAAGACAGAGGUGGAGUCUGUCUCGAUCGGGAUCCCUCAUGAUUUCACAGAAACCAUUGACUACCAAACCCAUGACUUAACAGACUGCUGUGGGCUGAGAGAAACAGAUAUUUGAAGGCUCUGGGGCAGCUGUCAAUGGUUUCUUUAGAAGAAACAUGGAGGGAUACCACCUGUGGGUCUGUCAGGCAGGCUGGAAGCAGCGAUCAGGUAUAAAAUGCAGUUGCCCAAAGGUUGUCCAAGCAUCCCCCACGUGGAGCUCAGCCCCUUCUGUGGGAUUAUGGGUUCCUCAGAUUAGAGCCAAUGGCAUAUCCCAUUCUAACAGCCACAGCAGGAGGAGAAGGUGUGGAUAUGACCUUAGGGCAAGAGCUGCCUCCUCUGGUGGAUGGUUGUCUUUGGCUUUGGAAGAAGCUGUGCAAUUAAGGGAAACCAGGAUGUCUCCUUUGCCUUAAAAACACCACGGUGAAAUCUGACGGAAAGAUUGAAUCCCAAAAGUUGCCAACCCUGCCUUAGUACAUGUGCUCAUGUCUCCAUCCAGAGGCAGCCCCCAGGAAGGACACUGCCAAGCAGUAGCUGGCAGCUGAUCCUUUAUGUGGGUGGGUUGGGAGCUUGGAGGUCCUGAACAGGACAUCCAGAAGAGGCCUUGGCUUUGGAGAGAGAGCAGACCGGGGUAUUCCCAAGCAAGGUGAAGGGAUCCCAGCUCUCAGUCAUCAUCUCUGCAGUGGCCACAGCUUUGGCCCUUCCACAUCACCUGGUUUUAGGCCAGAUGAGUAUUCCAGAUGUGUGUGCUGUUGCCAGGGGGUGUGCAGGUCUCUCUCCUCUAAUUCCAUCCUGUGAAGCAUUUGGCAUUUCACUCUCCAGUGAAACACUUGCAACCCACCUUGCUUUAGUGAACAUCCAUCUGUGACACUCAGAGAAACCAGCUCCUUUUGGUGUCAGUCAUCCCCAAACCUUCCUGUCCCUUUCUUUGCUCUCGUUUUUCUCAGAAAACGCAGGAUAAAAAUGCAUCCCAGGGGCUUCACUCAGGACAACAAGAAAUGGCCUCAAGUUGUGCCAGGGAAGAUUUAGACUGGAUAUUAGGAUGAAUUUCUUCACUCAAAGGGUUGGCAGGGACUGGACCAGGCUUUCCAGGGCAGUGGUGGAGUCACCAUUCCUGGAAGUGUUCAAAAGAUGUGCAAAUGUGGCCCUGGAGGAGGUGGUUUAAUGGUGAACGGGUGGUGGGUUGGUGGUUGGAUUCCAAGAGGUCUUUUCCAACCAUAAUGAUUCUGUGAUUCUGCAAUGCGGGUCCUCAGCCAGCCUGUGCUGUGGCUCAGGAGAGCUGGGAUGGCUGAGUUGGGAAGUUUGCAUUUCUGCUGCCCACAGAGUCCAAGCUGAAGUGGAGCUGAGGUGCAGAGGGAGCUCACUCAAGGGGAGGGAUCUUCUCCCCACUCAGGGUCACACUCAUGAUCCUUCUCCCAAGGGACUUCCCACAUGCUUCAUGCAUCAAACUUCUGGUGGCUGCCAAGAAUUGCCUUGGUUGUGUCAAAAGUAAUGACAAUUAAAGUGUUUUUUUCGCUGCUCACAGUCCCAGAGUGUGAGCACCCCUCGGGAGGGCACCAUGGCCUCCUCCAGGAGACUCCAGGAGCUGAAGCCAUGGCAAGCCCACCUUGACCAGGCAGCUCAGGAAAUGGUCACCCAAAUUCUGCUUGGCUGUGGAUUGCAGGCACAGGUUUCAAAAUUCAGAGUGUUUUAACCAAAUUUCAGAUAAUGAGCCCCAAGGAGUGACCAUCAGGUUAAGCCAUGGGCAGGAGACAUGUAGGUGAUGGAGGCAGAGGAGGGAUCUGAGGUGAAGUGCCUCAAGCCAGGAAACUAAAAAACAGGAAUAGGAAGUCCCGAGGGGUGGAAACGUGGCAUGAACGUGUCCUGGGUGGAAACUGCUCCACAUGAGCAGUGCCCCUCAAAACCAUGAGGAGCCUUUCAUGGAAGUGCCUGCAGCACAUCCAGCUCACCCCACUAAGGGUGGCUGCCAAAGGAAGAUUGAAGGCUGCCAGGCACAGCAAGGAGAAUGUCACCUUUCUUUCUGAUGUUCUGAUUUGCUUUAAAGGAAAAGAGAACAGGAGGGAAGUUGGAAUUUUUUAAUGUUUUUACUCUUUUGUGUAGUGCAUAUUGAGACAAGAUAUCUGGAGUUGGCCCUGUCUCAACACCCUUUACUUGAUGCAGGACAAACUGGACCAAUUAUUGCACAAAUACCAGCAGAUUUUGUCCAGAUAUUUUCCUCCCAGCAGCAAAUCCCAGCGCUUACACUGAACUCAGACUCACAACCACCUGCACGUUCUCCAGCUCUGCAAAACCAGCCUGAGGUUGCCAGCUCUGCCCUACCAAAGCAGGGACUUCCCAACACCCCAUGGGAGCUUCUGGGGGGAAAUAUAUUUUUUUUAUUGUGUUAUUUGGCUCUGAAGGGAAGUGAGACCUUACAGUGAUGAUGGGGUGGCACAAAAAGUCAUUUUGUAGUGUGAGGACUGCAGCUGCCACUGUUUUCCUGGGUGUUUUUGGGAUCCUGAUGGGAAGCACUGGGGAUGUGGCAGAGAAGGGACCAGGGAGAGGACAUCCAUGACCAGACAGACAGACACACACACUUCACUGUGUUUAUAUAAAUGUGUCAUUCCCAAAAUACCAGGCAUUCUCCUACAAAUGGGCAAGCAUCCCUCUAUAAAUGAACAUUUAGCUAAUGCUGGCAAGCAGUGCAUUCCCAUAAAUGAGCUGGUAUUACUGCUUACACUUCUCCCUGACUUUUUCAAUAUACUUUCUUUUUUUUUUUUUUUUUCCAGUAUUGAAAUAUUUAUAUUUACAACCUCCAACCCCUUGACAGCUUUUUGGGAAGAAAAAAAGACUUAGUCUGGAGGUUUGCUGCCUCUCCAUCCCAAGUCUUUACAGACCUACAAGGGAGAAAAUGAAGUCAGUUUAGACACACACAUACACAUAAAUGCUCAAAUUCUGGCUCAGUUCCUCACUGUAUUUGAUCUGGCCCCAAGAGAUGCCCUGGAAGGAGCUGUAGGAAAGCCUUGAGUUCUGCUGUGCUGCAUUCAGGCAAAAUACUUGGUUUUCACCCUGCUUUCAUUUGGCAUCUUGCAUCAGAAGCAGUGCCAGGACUGGACUCUGAGGCUGCUCAUGCAGAGCCUCAUUUAGAGGAGACAGGGCUGUCUUUGCUGGCAGAGAGGAAGGAAAAUCUUGUAUGAAAUAUGACCAGAGUGCCUGGAAUGGAGCAUUUCUCCUUGAAUCCCCUGAUUUCCAAGCUCUCCCAAGUUUGGAAAAACGGGCUCAGACUUUCAGGAGGUAAAUUCAGCCUGAUCCCACAGAUUUCCCUGGAUCCACAAGGGUGUGCCCAGCUGAGGGAAUGGCCCUGUUCCAGCAAAUUUUCCAGGCAACAUUUCCCAAAGCACCUGCACCUCAGUUAUCCAUCAGAUCCCACCUCAUUGCACUGGCUCUGUGUCACAAUUGCAUUCUCAGACCUUGCUGCUCCAGGGAACCAAGAGUUGGGGGUGGAAAAUGGGUUUUUGUGUCACUGGACUCUCCCAAGUCCACGAGGGAAGGAAGGUCCCUGUCAGCCUGAGCUGGGCUGCAGCUGGGUUGCAUUACUAUUGUUUACAGUGUGUAUAUAAGUGUACAUUUUCUUUAGCAGAACGUUGGAAUUUUUUAUGUAUAGAUUUUUAUUUUUCAUGCCCAGAUGUAUUUAUUAGCCGGAGUAUUUCUGUUUUGUGUAUCAGGUUCUGCCAGAUUGAUGUAAGCUCUAUGAAACAGAAUGCACAUAUUUUUGUUUGUUUGUACCAAAUACAUGCACAAACCUGUCUAAAACA